AACCCCGAGAAGUGUUGAGUAGUGUAGAAUUUACGCACACACACUCACACUCUCACUCACGCACACUUGAGUUUAAGUUCAGAUCAGCAGCAGCGUUUACGCAUGAAGCAGCUGGACAACAGGAGACCCUCACAAAUGGCAUCUGAAGUUUAAGGAAUCGUUCCUGAGGACCAUAAACGGCUUAGAUGUUUCCGGAGCUCCUUCAUAAACCCAGUGCUUAACAGGAUGUAACUCGAGAUUUUGGUCUAAUGGAGUGGUUUUGUCGGAGCGCAAGGCACUGAUUUACACCGAGCGGCGCGCAAACGCGCAAAAGGAAAAGGGGAAAAAAUCAAAGCGCACGAAUUGAAAGAGUUUUGUUUAGUGAGUGUUUAUUGCAGUGAUGCGGACUCCGUGCCCUCGGUGGCUCUUUUUGCCCUUGGUGGCUCUUUUUGCCCUCUUUCUUGUGUCAGUUGAUGGUUUCCCCAGCAAAAAGCAGAGGAUCAAUGACCCUAUACCCAGAGGGAACACCGCUCUUACGACUGGAGGUCAGGUUCGUGCUCCAGAUGCUAGAUGGACCCUGGAGGAGCUUCAGGAGCAAAACCAGCUGAGCAGUAGCAGUUCAACUCCAAGUCGACACAAAAGGAGAUGGCCACAGUUACGAUCAGAGGGACUUCCUAAACCUGCACCCGAGGAAGAGGAGCCCUUCAUCUUAGACCUGAAGAACUUCCCUGAUCUUGCUAAUGCAGAUCUGGGCUCGCAGAAUCCAAAUAUCCAGGUGACCAUCGAGGUUGUGGAUGACCCUCAGAUGGAGGUCGAGAUGGACCUGGCUAAAGAGGGAAGGAACGACUGGCCUCUAAACUCAGAGGAAUGGCUUGGUCACAAGAAACUCUUCUGGCCUCUCUUCUGGGACGCCCAUGACUCAAACGAGGAAAGCACUAGCCAGGCCAGUCUAGAGGAGAACGGAGAUGACCAGAGCUACGGAGGAGAAGAUUCCCUGCUGAGCGGAGUGGAUGGGGGCUGGGACAGACCUUGGAAGGGCUGGGACCCGGAGAAUUAUGAUUAUGAAGAAGAGAAGUGGAGCGACUGGUCUCCGUGCAGCACCACCUGCGGUCACGGCACACAGAAGAGGGUUCGGUCUUGCGGUUACACCUGCACUGCUACCGAGUCUCGCACGUGUGAACUGCAACGGUGUCCAGGUGACCCGAAUGCUGUAACAGAGCUCAUUCCUCACGAGAUGAUGAACGACACCGAUGUCAUUGAUGUGGACAGCUGUGAAAAGUGGCUCAACUGCAAGAACGAGUUCCUGCAGAAGUAUCUCCAUCAGGUCCUGACCGAGUUACCCAGCUGCCCUUGUGUCUACCCGUCCGAGGUCGUCUACAGCGCCGUGAACAUCUUUGAUGAGAAGCUGCGCAAGACCUACCGAUGGCGUGACGCCAGUGGACCCAAAGAGCGCCUGGAUAUCUACAAGCCGUCUGCGCAGUUCUGCGUGCGCUCCAUGUUGUCGUCCGAAAGCACCACGCUCGCCGCACAGCACUGCUGCUACGACGAACACAUGAAGCUCAUAACCAGGGGCAAAGGCGCCGGAGCGCCUAACCUUAUCAGCAUCGAAUUCUCUCCGGAGCUCCAUUACAAAGUGGACGUGCUUCCAUGGAUCCUGUGCAAAGGUGACUGGAGCCGCUUCCACUCGGUACGUCCUCCUAACAACGGACUGCAGUGCACAGAGAACCCUCAGGAGGACAUCUAUAUGAACGAGCUGGAGGAGGCUCGAGAGUACUGAGAGGCAAAGCUGUCUCGUCUCAGAACCAUAGAUAUACAGUACAGUAUUUCGCUGGAGUUAUGUAACAUUUAAAAAGGAAAAAAAAAACCCAACAUUCUACACUGUUUAUAUACACCUCAACUGAUACACCAGCCAGAACGGUACAGUACAGUAAGGCAAAGAUUUCUCUAUCUUCUGCACUUUCCCCAGAGAGCCAGAGACUCUUACAAACACCAUCCUCUUGAACAGGUUCACUUUAUUUAUCGGGGUUCAUAUCCACAACCCAUUUGUUUUUUUCGUUUUUGUCAUGAAAUGAAUUCCAGUCAGGCUGCUAAACUAGACUCCAAGCAGAAUCCCCUUGUGUUAUCUUUGUGGGACUCUGAGCUCAAUGUGGAGACUCGCCAACGCAUUCAAGAUCAAUCCAAAUAAAUCAAACAAGAUCCCAAGUGCCGCUUGCGCGUGGCCUUGAAAUAUGUCACAGCUCUUCCCGAUCCCGUACGUUUCCCCAGAUUUACUUGGGUUCACUUUUACAGUUUUAAGGAUGAUGAUGCUGGAUCAUAACAGCACAGAGAUCUUGUUUUGCUUUAUUAAGAUGUCAGGAACUAGGCACGUGCAAAUAUUAGCCAUGAUAACGGUCUAUCUAACCUUUUAUCGAGGUUCGCGAUAUUAUCACACGUUGGUGUUCCUUUAGCUUCCCGACGUAAAUGAUGCGUAGAUAUAAAUAGAUACAAAAUUAAGUAGCCUUGAUGCUUCCAUCUUUGAUGCUUCCGACUCCACAGAAGCGGUAAUCCGUCUCGACGGUACAGCCGGAUGACAUCCGAUCAUAUAAUUAAGCCAAUGUUGAAAUACGACUACACGUGGUUCUAGUAUGCUGAUGCAUUUUAUCUUACAAAACAAGCUACAAGUGGUUAAGGUGUUGGGCUACUGAUCGGAAGGUCAUGGGUUCGAAUCCCAGGUCCACCAAGCUACCACUGCUGGGCCCCUGAGCAAGGCCCUUAACCCUCAGUUGCUCAGUUGUAAGUCAAUUUAAGGUUUAAGGGUUUCAGGAGUCUUUGUAUGGUUCUAGUCUUCAAAAAGAGUGCUGUUUAUAACCUCGUCGGAAUAUAAAACGCUACGAAACGGAACUGUCGGAUUCCGACAUAACUGCCCUUACGGGUUAAAGCAGGCAGAAUUCUACACAUCGUUUAUCAUUUUGAUCCUCAUGUAGAACCUCUUUACAAACCUUCUUACAAAUGAGCAGAUUCUUAGAUUCUAACAUCUUAGAUUCUUACAUUUUUUUAGGUUGCCUUAAAGAACCUUUAGAGAUUCUACGACAGACCCCGUCACGGACGGUUCUGCUAUCGAAGAACGUUUUUUGUUCAAUCCUUCUCUGUUCCAGAACUGGCACAUCGCAUCUCGAUCGCACUGUUUAUCUUCCGAGUACAAAUUCUCACCUACCUCGAAAGCCGAUUUGACUAGUUACAGUAUUACUAGUUACACCGUCAUACCUCCCGCGUUCACCUCCCGCGUUCACCUCCCGCGUUCACCUCCCGCGUUCACCUCCCAUGUUCUCCUCCUGCGUUCACCUCCCGUGUUCUCCUCCCGGGUUCUCCUCCCACGUUCUCCUCCUGCGUUCACCUCCCGCGUUCACCUCCCAUGUUCUCCUCCUGCGUUCACCUCCCGCGUUCACCUGCCGUGAACUUCUUCCCGAUUUGUACCGGUGGAAUGUGGGACGAGCAUUUAUAUGACAUGAAUUUACACAAAAUAGCCCCUAACAGAUCACACUCUCGUCCGUGAAGCAUGGUGGUGGAAGUGUUCCUCAUUUCAGUUCUAUCACGUGGGGAUUCAUGUUGGAAAAGUGAAUAUAUCGUUUCGGGGUUUCGUUUGCGCUGUUAUUGGCACCCAAUCAAGCAGGAAUGAGUUUGUUAGUUAAAACCUAAGACACUGGUCUCAUUCAAGUAUAGAAUCUCUCUUUUUCAUUCAAGGCUGGAGGGACUUUUGGGGGAACAAACAAGAACAAUAAAAGUGUGCUUUGCAAAAUCCCGAAAGUAUCAAAUCCCACUUGUAUGUUCAGGGAUGUUAGUUUAAGAGCUAAAGCCUUACCUUUCAGCCUGGGUGUUUAUCUUGAUCAGUGUCUCUGUGCUGAAUGUGUCUUAGGUUGAAAAAGAACACCAGGGAGUUAAGCAAUGCGAAGGUGCGUUGACAGGCGAAUCUCACACCGCUGUAAAAACAUCCACCUUCAGGUGACAUCUUAAUGACUGAAUCGAGACGUGACCCAUCCUGAAAUCCUGACACGCACCGUCGACUAUCGUUCCUGAACAUUCUCAUAUUCUUACUCUAUAUACUGACAGUCAAAAGAUUUUAACCAUGGAGAUUUUUUUCCCCCUUUACAUUUCACACAGCUAUCAAAUAAUGAAAAAAAAAUCGAAUCUAACAUUUUGUAUUUAACGAUUUAAGGAAGUUUCCUUCUUUCCAGUCUCAGAUUGUAAAGGAACUCAUUAUUUAAGACCAGAUUUGUCUUAUAGUUGAUAUAACACGGUGUUUUAUCACAUCAUUUAAUAACAGACGCAUUUACGUCAAUCGAUCCAGGCAGAUUUUUAUUAUUAUUAUUAUUAUUAUUAUUAUUAUUUUUAUUUUUUUUAAUACAAUAAUGUUACAAACAUUUCUCAUCUCAUCUAUUUAUUACUUAGAUUUUCUAUCUCUACAGUGUAUUUAAAUAAAUGUAUAUGUAAAUGUUAAUAGAGGGUGUUUAAAAGCUUUUGACUCUCAGUAUAUGUCCAAGAUUGAGCUUUAUUUGAUUCUCUUAAGCAUUGAGAAUUUAAUUAUAAGCUGUUGUGAAACUGCACAAAGGUUUAUUACGUUUAUUAACAGCCUUCCUGGAUGUCGCAGCUUGUGUCAGUAAGCGUCUUUAACGUCUUUACCGCGAACACCCGUAAAUGAACUGGAUCUCCUGUUGAGUUAGCCUCGCAUUCCAGCGUACAGGAUCUCAUACGGUGCAGCUGUGAAGAAGCUUUAAUCUCGGCGUAGGAGCAUCCCGCGCACUCUGUUAUGGCAUGUCCGCAUCACGUUUCAGCGCCCUGGAAUCCACGAGCCGUGUGGUAUGUGCACGGGGCACUGAGGAACUGCGAGAGCGGGGACACGGGGGCACUCGCGCUCGGCCUUGGGUUGCCUGGAUUUCUCUGAAGCCGUGCCAGGCUUUUACGCUCCUGUUUCAUUUUGGUUUUCAAAGCGUCUUGUUAAAAUAGACGCUCGCUAUUGUCACCAGAACGCAGAGAUAUUACUACAGACGAACGGAAAAGAAAAGAGACCCGAUCGUCUAACGGCCGACCGAUAAAACGGAUGAAACGUACGUUCGGAUUUUGGUGAAAGUUUACGUUUUCGUCGUCUUUCAGGAAUUUUUGUCUGAUUGAAGAUCGUGUCACUUUUAAGAAACGUCUAAAAGAAAGGCACUUUAUUUAAAAAAAAUAAUAAAUAAGUGGAUAUAUAAAUAUAAAUAUAAAUAUAUAUCUUUGUAUAUAUUAUCAUUAUAUUAUAUAGUACCUGCAUUGUACAAGAUAAGAUUUUUCUUUUUUUGUGUGUGUGUGUCAUUAUUGUAAAAGGGAUAAAUUUACGCCGCCUGUGCUGUGAUUUUGCACGUGAUGUAAAAUAUCGGUUAUGUUACAUCAUGUCAUGUCAUGUCUAUUGUGAUUAGAUUUAUUAUUGUACAGUAUUUAUUAUUGUCCAGGAUCCAUAGGAUGCACUAUAAUAUUUUAUAUAUAUAUAUAUAUAUAUAUAUAUAUAUAUAUAUAUAUAUAUAUAUAUAUAUAUACUGUAUAUGAAGCUGAGCGAAAUCGUCCCCCGCUCGUGGUUGGAGGUUUUGUGAAAAAGGGAAUCUGUUCAUGUCACAUCACAUCACACACCACGCUGCUUCAGUUGUAUGCAUUUUUUUUUAACCACCUCUGUCCAAAAUAU